AAUCCAUUGGCAUUAACUCGUUUGGAAGACACAGCUCCAGCUUAUUAAAAUAAGAAUAUAGCUAACAUAGAUAAUUGUAUAAUUAUUUGAACAAUUAUCUUCCUUCUUCUACCAACCGAAACUAUUUGAAUUUUGUCGAAGAGAAGAGAUAUAUAUUUUCUCAAGUCAAAAUAACAUACAGUUUAAAAAGAUGGAACAAAUGAAAAACGAAAGCUAUGAAGUCUACAACACACAGGGACAUUUAUACUAUACCGACGCGUAUAGUUGCGCCCAAGAGAAGAAUCCAUCACCACCACUCUGGGGCCAACAACCAGUCCCCAUUGAACAGCCAAAGCCAAGAAUCGUUAUGGUUAAUCAGUCGGAACGCUAUACGAGGCCAAGAAACAGCGGGAAGCCGAAGAGAAAGAGAAUAAUAUCAUAUGAGCAACGAAAAGCUGCUAAUAUUAGAGAAAGACGAAGAAUGUUUAGUUUGAACGAAGCUUUUGACUAUUUGCGUCAGAGACUACCUACUUUUUCAUUCGAGCGACGUCUAUCUAGAAUAGAAACCCUCCGUUUAGCUAUAACUUAUAUAGGUUUUAUGGGAGACGUUGUAAGUGGUAAAAGUCCAAAUGAUGUUAAAUUAAUCCCAAUGCCCAAGUUUACUGGAGAUAAGAAGAAAGGCAGAGGAGGAAGAAGAUUGAAAACUCAUGCUCAUAAUGGCUAAUUCAAGCGACGGUGCCUUAAAAAAAAGACUCUUUAUUUAACUACUAUUUAUAACAUUAAUUAAUGUUCUAGUCUAUUUUUUUGUACUAUUACAAACUCAGUCGAUAUGUUUAUUCUAAUAAUAAAACUAAAUGAAAAAUCUCAAAAA